AUGGACCGCUGGACAGGCAGAGUCGCGCUGGUAAUUGGUGCCGGCGCCGGCUUCGGUGCUGCCAUCUGUCGAGAGCUUGUGCAUCACGGAAUGGCGGUGGUCAGAUGCACCAGGCGCACUAUACUGGACGUCAACGUCUUGGCGCUGGCACGCUGCACUCAGCUGGCUGUUAGCUCGCCGGCCGUUGACUUCGGGCUGCGAUAUGUCUGCACGUGUUCUAGCAACACAGUUCGGGACCACCUGUAG